AUGUCGCGCUUCUUCCCCCACCCUCCCUACGCAGAGGACCAGCCCCUCCACCACACCAUCCUCACCACCCACGUCCUCACCCGCGGCUUCACCGCCGGCGCCAUCGUCGGCUCCCUCCUCUCCGCCUCCCGCCACGUCCUCUCCCCAGCCCGCCGCCAGCAGCCCGUCGCCCGCCUGCUCCCUCGCCUCCUCGCGUCCUCCUCCACCGGCGCCCUCGUCGGCGUCGGCCUCUCCGCC